AUGCAGUGGCCCCCGGCCCCUGGCUCCUCUCCGUGUCUCGGCUGGGCCUCCUCGCUCGCCUGCUCCGCGGCCACGCGGCUCCUGAGCCGUGCCGGCCGGGGCCCCCUCAUGGCGGCUAAGUGGUUCAAGGAGUUUCCCCUGAACCUGAAGACCGUGUCGGAGCGGGCCAAGCCGGGCGGCGGCGGCGGCGGCAAACUGCGCAAGAACUCGGAGUCGGGUGGGGCCGGGCCGACCCCGGGCAAGGGCCGCAAGAACUCGGCGGUCGAGCUGGGGAGCGGCAGGGCGGGAGGCCCCCCCAAGGACAGCCGGCUGUCCCGGGACAGCCUACAGGGGCUGAUUCAGGCCGCCGCGGGUAAGGGCCGCAAGAACUCCCGGGCCACCGAGGAGGAGCCCCACCGGGGCGCGGCCAAGAUCUCGGGCUGCAGCACCUACAUCAACAGGCUCAUCAAGGUGGACACUCAGGAGAAGAACGGGAAGAGCAGCUACCCCAGCAGCAGCAGUGGCAGCGGCAGCAGCAGCAGCAGUUCUUCCUCAGCGUCCUCUUCUCCUUCUUCGCUGGGCCCCGAACUGGACAAGGGCAAGCUUAUCAAGCAGCAAGACACGGUCAUCAUUUUAGAAGACUAUGCUGACCCCUAUGAUGCCAAAAGGACAAAAGGUCAAAGGGAUGCAGAGAGAGGAGGAGAGAAUGACGGGUACAUGGAACCCUAUGAUGCGCAGCAAAUGAUAACAGAAAUUAGAAGACGAGGUUCCAAAGACCCACUGGUGAAGGCGCUUCAGCUGCUGGACAGCCCCUGCGAGUCGGGGGAGAACGGCCUGAAAUCCGAGACACUGGCCCGAAGACGGAGCUCGAAGGACCUCCUGGGGAAGCCGCCUCAGCUCUACGACACUCCUGAAGGAGGCCCGCGGGCGGAGGCGAGGCCCGGGGAUGGCCGGCUUCCCGAGAACGACGAGCGGCCGGCGGCCGAGUACGAGCAGCCGUGGGAGUGGAAGAAGGAGCAGAUAGUGCGCGCACUGUCAGUCCAGUUCGAAGGAUCUGAGCGACCUUCCGCCAGGGAGGAGACUGUGAGACAGCACCACAGACAGAAGAGCUGGACCCAGAAGAUCUUGAAGCCAACCCUCUCUGACCACAGUGAGGGGGAGAGAGUGGACCCAGCCCUGCCCCUGGAGAAGCAGCCUUGGUAUCAUGGUGCCAUCACCCGUGCAGAGGCUGAGAGUCUACUACAACCCUGCAAAGAAGCUGGUUACCUGGUUCGAAAUAGCGAGUCAGGGAACAGUAGGUACUCCAUUGCACUAAAGACUAGUCAAGGAUGCGUCCACAUCAUAGUGGCUCAGACCAAAGACAACAAGUACACGCUGAAUCAGACGAGCGCCGUGUUUGACAGCAUCCCUGAAGUGGUACACUAUUAUUCCAAUGAAAAGUUGCCUUUCAAAGGGGCAGAACACAUGACCUUACUCUACCCUGUACACAACAAGCUGUACUAAGGUUCAGCCACCAGAAGCCGGGCCUCUCACUUCUAAGAGGCUGUCAGCAUCUCCCUGGACAGGGCUGGACUUGUCUGUAAUCAUUAGGAGGAAGUGGGAGUCUUCACUUUAAAAUCAAAAGCCUUCGGCCUUGAAUCCAUUUAAUGAUAUCCAGUUAUUGACCUGUCCUCUUUCUCCCUAUUGAAUAGUCCUGCAAUGAGAAAUCCUAGCUUACCCAUUGCCUCUCCUUUCUGGAGUAGGGUAUUUCUAUUUGGGGUGUGAUCCUCAGGAAAGGUAAGUCAAGAAUUCAGAAAAGAUCACAUCCUUCUUGCCCUGGUUUAGUCAUUGCUGUGAAACAUUCAAGUUCUCCAGAAAUGUGCUAGUUGUUACCUGGAUGACCUGGUCUCAAAACCAAUGAAAAAAAAUCACUUUCUUACAUAACCCUUGGUUUUCACAUAAGAUGAUCAAAAAUGAUAAUGUGGACCAGAAGAAUGUGUAACACCUCUCCCCUUCUUGGGGACAGGGAUGAACAGUGGGAAAUGUGAAUGGUGAGCAUCCGAGAAAAAGUUGUCUCUCUCCCUCUAGUGCCCCAGCUCAGCUCUGGAGUUUGUGAAAUUCACAACUUCAGGGUCUGGCAAAAGGAUGAUCUUGUUGGUCAGCCUCCUAAGAAAGCUUGUUUCUUCAUUCUCUGUGGUCUUUCUCAUUAGUUUUCAGCAAAUCAGUGACAGUAAUCAUAAAUAUGAAGGAAGAUGCCCCAGUUUUAAGAAUUACAAAUAUAAUUAACCAUUGGCGGCAUUAUUACAAUUCUGAAUUACAGAAUAAAAAUAGAAAACAAAGAUUUUAUUUCUGAUUUUUAAUCCAAAAAUUUACAAAGCUCAAGAACUGUUUUCUUGCUGGAUAGUCAUACAGAACUUCUGAUACCUCUUGUCUUUGUGCGUUUUAGUUGCUAUCAAUUCAUUUUAUAUUUUUGUCACUAAAAUUUGAUUUGCUUUGGAUUUUUAGUAUUUUUUUUUUUUAAUACAACUCUGGGAUCUGAUCGUAUAACUAGCCUGCAGAGAUUCUGUAUCAUUCUGUACAGAGUAGUCCAGUUCAGACUGUACGACAAUAUUUUAACUUUGAGGUUUUCUUUAACUACUAUUGCUUGAGAUAUUAAAUUAAUACUCAUAGUAUUGUUAUCUUGAUGGUAUAUUGUGAACUUAUAAUGCCAAUUUACUUACUGUGAAAAAGAAAAAAAACCAUGGGAAUGGCGUACUGUGAGAAGAAUAGUGUGGCAAGCAGCUCAGUAAUUAAAGCCAAGCAGAUGUUUCUAUAUUGUGAGGUUUGUAGUUUAGUUCUCAAAACUGGUCCAGACGCAAGUGUGCUGACUGUCAUCAAUGAAAAGUUAACUUUUGUAGUUUCUUUUAAAUACAUGAACUAUAUCAAUUUGGUUACUUUUUGAGGGAACCGUAUCUUUCCAGUUAUUAGCUAUGAUUUUACUCUCAUGAUUUAGAGAUUACUGAAAUUUGCUUCUUUAUUCAGUUAAAAUCUUCACCAAAGAGUUGUGUGAUCUUUGAUUUAAAAAACUUGAGAGGAAUUUUUUUCUUACUGGAUCUCAAUGAUUUUAUUAAUAAAGGGUUUGAUUUGUUUUUUUUUUUUAAGCACUCAGACUUUUUUUAAUGUGUAUUGGUUCAUGUAUUCUAUCUUUAGAAAAAGAUGUUUCUCUGAACUUUCAGCAUCCAUUGUUUCAAUUCCAUUCAACCAAUAUUUAUUAUUUUCCAUUUACAAAUAAUGCGUUACGUUACCCUUAUUUUUAGUUCGACAUUCUAUAAACUCAACCUUAUUUUUCACUUAACCUUGUUCUACAAAGGAAAAUGCAGUUAUCCUAAUUUUAAUAAAUGCUAAAAGCUUUUAUAAAUUUUUUUCUUGUGCACUAAAUGAUUUUUGGCCCAUACCCAGCGACUGAAAUGAAUGUAUAAUGAAAUAACGUUUUGAAAGCAGACCCGAUACACUAGAUAUUUACUGAGCUUCUAUUAUACGUCCAGUAUUAUGCUCCCUCGGCACUGCUUUUCUGUGCCAGUCUUGCUAUUUUCUUUAUACAGUUAAAAGUGCAGGAGGUACAUAGUUUAUAUGUGGUCCCGUUGCUUUACAGUUGUACAGAAGGCUAUAAGAAGAAGGAAUAUAGUAAAUUAGUGGAAGGGGGGUUCAGCUGCUAUUUUCUUCUUAAGGUUCUGACACAAGCUGACAAAAGCCAGGGAAUUCACAGCUGGGUGGUGCUACAAAGUACCAUGUGUUCUAAAAACAAUUUGGCCCCGCAGGGUGCCCCUAAUGGCUUCCUUGUUAAGCCUCCUGGACCAGCUGAUCUGAAGCCCUGUGACUUGUUUCCUUUCUGAGCUCUGAAUGCUUUGGCUUUUUGUGAUUUUGUCCUGAUACAAUCAUUUUCCUGUCGUCUUCAUUCUUUGGAGUUAAUUCUCUCUCCCAGAAUAUUUCCUGGUUCUUUCUGGAGAGAAUAAUGCCUUCUAGGGAAUUUAGUAUUCGCUGGCCUUGAGUGUAUAGCAUCUGUAGAGCUUGCUGUCUCUGUGUUCUUUAAUCACACACCACCUUUAAAAAAAUUCUCUGCUCCAAGUUACUGGGUGAGCUUAUUUAGUUGGGUAGUUUCAGGCCUGGAAAAACAGAGGGUAAAGGACAUUUUUCUUUACUUGGAUGUCAUAGCUGCUUCUAUCAGAAUGGAUCUCACCCACUGGCAUUGUAUGUAUUUAAAGGAGGGAUAAAAUAAUGGAGAAAUGUUAAUAUGUGUAAAUAACAAAAAAGUAAAGGUUGAUAUGCCUGCUUGCUACUAGACCGGAAGUGUCCUUUGAAGUAACCCAAAGCAGCAUUUAUUGCACUCUUUAUUCCUGGCUAUUUUUAAAGUCUUUGUACUUUGCUGAAUUGUCAUUCAUUUAUUGGCCUCUACCUGAGGAUGGGAAACCCUGGUGGCAUAGUCGUUAAGUGCUACGGCUGCCAACCAAAGGGUCAGCAGUUUGAGUCUGCCAGGCGCUCCUUGGAAACUCUAUGAGGAAGUUCUACUCUGUCCUAUAGGGUCGCUGUGAGUCGGAAUCAACUCGAUGGCACUGGGUGUGGUUUUGGGUUUGGUACCCUGAGGAUGGGGAGUUUGGAGGCAGGUGGGAAAAUAGCCCUAAUUUGUUGAUUAGCUUGUGUUAUUGGCCAUUAAUAUUUUAAUUCAGAAAAACAACUCAGAGCAUUUGAGACAUUCUUCGGUUACUUUUUUAGUUGCAGGUUGUUGUUAUCUGCCAUCAUGUUGCCCCCAACUCAUGGCGACCCCAUGUACCAUAGAAGGAAAUGCUGCCCGGUCCUGCUCCAUCCCCAUGAUCAAUUGUGGAUCAGACCAUUGUGAUCCAUGGGGUUUUUAUUGGCUGAUUUUCAGAAGUAGUCACCAGGCCUUUCUUCCUAGUCUGUCUUAGUCUGGAAAUCCUGCCGAAACCUGUUUAGCAUCGUUAGAAACAUCCAGGCCUCCACCGACAGACAAGUGGUAGCUGUGCGUGAGGUGUAUUGGCUGGGAAUCAAACUCAUGUCUCCUGCAUGGAAAGUGAGAAUUCUGCCACUGAACCACCAAACCAAACUGCCAUCUAGUUGAUUCUGACUCAUAGUGGCCCUAUAGGACAGAACAGAACUGCCCCAUAGGGUUUCCAAAGCUCUGAUCUUUAGGGAAGACGACUGUCACAUUUUUUUCCCAUGGAGUGGCUGGUGGGUUGACAUGAACUGUCAACCUUUCGGUUAGCAGUGGAGUGCUUAACCACUGUGCCACCAGGGCUCACUGAACCCACCACUGCCCUCUACAUGAGGGUAACAUUUCUAUUUUAUUGAAAUGCUCUUUCUUAGUCAAAGGUUAAUGCCUCAUUUUUCCUUCAUUCUAGGGGAAGAAAAAAAACUGAUGUCUAGGAAACCCUGGUGGUAUAGUGGUUAAGAGCUACAGCUGCUAAUGAAAAGGUCAGCAGUUCAAAUCCACCAGGUGCUCCUUGGAAACUAUGGGGCAGUUGUGCUCUGUCCUGUAGGGUUGCUAUGAGUCGGAAUCGACUCAACGGUAAUGGGUUUGGUGUUUUUUUUAUUUUUAAGAUUCCAUGUCCCUUCUGUUCGUACAAGGUCCUUUUGACAUUCAGCAGAAUUUCAUUAAUACCAUUCCCAUGGAUACUGCUCAUUCGUUAGCUGACUCUUGUUUUUCGUAAUCAGGAUUAGCUUGGCCUUAUGAUCUCUUUAAAGUCACUCUUCUUUAUUCUUGUCUCCACUGUUUGUAUCCCACUAACUUUGAUUUAGAGAGACUUGGCCCGAGUGGACCUUCUCUUCAGCUUAUUCUUAAUUUCUGUCCUUGUAUAACAGAAUAGAUGGUGUGUUACUGCCAUCUAAUGGAGAGAGAGCAAACUGCAGCAGGGAAACAAGCAGUGCGAUUAAGGAGAGUGCCCGAACCAAGUGGCCUUGAGAGGUUAACCCCUCUCACGGUUUUCUAAAGGAUUUCUGAUACAGUCCAUAACUGGAAAAAUUAUGACACAGCAGUUGCCAUCUUGAAAUACGUCCUUUCCUGUGGAACUGGUGAUACGCAGCCUUGUACAACUGUCAUCACGAGGCCCCGGACAACAGCUGGAUUGUGUAGUUUAGAAUCUUAAAAUGUAUUUUAAUGAAUAUGCUGGCAACAGAUAAUUGAUACAGGCAUCUCAUUUUGUCAUGUUUCUUACCCGUUCAGUUAUUUUUGUCAGGAGGGCUUUAACAUUAAAUAUCAACUAAUACAUAGUUUUAACUUUUAAAAAUAUUUAAAGAUGUGUGUGAUAAAGGCGCCUAUCUGUAGUGCCUUAGUUAUUUAUGUUAUAUCGAAGUAUUUUAUAAAAUUUCUGGAUGUAUUGCAGUAGCCAAUAUAGGCUGCAUGCCUUCCGGAAGAUGGUUUACUCUGAAAUGUAACUUUAAAUAAAUAAACAUUAUCCCAAGAAAA